AUGGCGGCGAAACAUUUUCAACUUUCACACCGAUGUUUCUGUGGUGGGGAGCGAAGGAGCUUGGUGGAAAGCGCGUGGCUGACAGAAACAAGGAGUAGUACUCCGGCGAAGCAGUUACGAAGGAUGGCACGUGAAGACGCGUUGGUUUUCUUCUUAGACAUUCUGACAGCUAGAUGA